GGCUGUAGGGCAGGAGCUGGGGUUGGGGGCUGAAGGGCAGGAGCUGCAGCAUUUGGGAUUACAAUUGGCCUCAGGAUCUCUGCCUUUUAUGAGGCUUCCAUCAGCCGUUUCUCCAUCACUCUCACUCCUGUCUGCACUCAGGGCGUAUGAUCGCUGAACCAGACCUGACAGUUUCAAUGAGCUGUCAAUCAGUGAGAUCCAAAAAAAGAGAAACUAUUCCCACUCUAUUUGGAGAGGUGAUUGGCAUUUGCCCACAGGAACACGGUGGAGACUGGGCAACCCAUCAGCUCAGGGCUGGGGAUUGCUACACAGUUCAGUGUCACACUGUUGCAUUUUCUGCUAAUUGCUUUCAUUUUUAUCUUGAGGAAACCUACGUGAGUGGCCAAGCCCUAGAAGGCAGAGCAUUGCCAAAAUUAAAAGAGAAGUAUUAAUUAAGCUGUGCUGGUCAGGAACUGUUCCAUUUUGUAGUUAAAAAAAUGGGAAAGAAAAAGAAAGACGAGGAUAAAGUAAUUUUAGCGGAAGCUUUCCUGGGCUUUCGAAUCCAGUUGAAGGAGAAAUCUAUGGAAGAUGUCAUGAUUGAAGUCAGGGAACUGGAAGACAAGAAUAUCCUAUGGAAAGACAGAAAUGAACAGUUGAAGAGAGAGCAGCAGAAGCUCAUCAAGGCCCUGUUAAAACAGGCAAAAGAACAGGACAAAGAGUUGGAACAGAGAGAAAUUAUCAACAAGGAGCAAGUAGAUCAAUGCUUGAGGGAAAAAUGGGAUUUAGUUAAAGAUCAAAUCCAUAAUAUUGAAGUGAUUGAAAUUGAAAUAAAUGAUGUGGAUGAAAUGAUUGUGGAAAGGGAUACAGUGAAAGAAUACUGGAUGAAUUAUAAAUUUAUUGGAAGCAAGGAACAUGAAAAAGCGAUUCAUUUACUGGAGAAGGAAAUCAGGGAUAUGGCAAUAAGUUUCCAAGAGAUGGCAGAUCACUUUCAAAAAGUCUUAAUGUUCUCAAAAUCCAAAACGAACAAGUUAACAAAGAAUCAAAUGAAUGAAAAGAAGACAAUAGCCACAGAGAAAGCCAUAGGAUACAUGGACCAAUUCAGUCGCCAGGAAGUAUUGGAAAAUGACUGGCUAAACAAAGAGAUAAAGGUAUACAGACAAGAGGUAGCUGAACUUGUAGCUGAACUUCAUAAGAUUGAACAGUAUAAUGUGGAACUUAUGCAAGACCUCUUUGAUGAUCAACUCAAAAAUCUUAAUUUAUGCAGGAGCAUUCUUACGACUCCUGAAACUGAAGACACUGAUGUAUUGGUCACACAGGUUGAAAAGUUGAAACAUAAACCAGUGUCCCGCGGUGAAACUAAACCAGAGGAAAUACAAGCAGUAGUCGACAAAACAAAAGCAGCCGAAAACAAAAGUUCAGUUUCAAGGUCUGAGAGUGCAAUACUUAAAGUAGAGCAGAACUCAAUUUUGAUGCAGUCACUUUGUGCGAUGAAAGAUAGAAAACCAACUCAAUUAGGCAAGUCGGUGUCACAGAACCUCAGUUACUUACUACAUCAAGAUGAGAAAGCCUAUGAGUAUUUGCAGCUCGGUCCCAUGGAAAUUAAGCUGUUACAUGUCGAAGGUCGAAGUGCACCUCUUCACGUCUUUGAACCUCCUUCAAAACAAGGACCGAAGAAGUCUGAAACACUGUCUUAUCGAGAGGUUGAUGAAUGGCCCAUCACCAAUACAAUGCUGAGGGAAGCAAUUUCCUUGAACAAAUAAAUGGGCCAGUUUCUGUACCUGUUAAUAAUUCAAAAGUAUGAGUUAAUGAACAAAAGCAAUACAAGGAAAUAGCAUUUACUGUAACAACCACCUAUAGGUACAAGGUUAAAACAGUUUACAAUUGAAUCUUACCUUAUGGAGAUCCCAGAAAUGAGAACAACACCUUAUUAAGAUCAUUUUUCAGUCUUUUUAAAAAUAUAUCUGA